AUGGAUGCUAUCGUUGCUCGAGAGCCUGAAAGAACAUCAGAGAUGCCUUCUUGGAAGCAACGUGAGACUAUCGCUUGGGGUGCAGGGACGGUCGAUCCAAGCUUUCUUCUCCUUGAUCUACCGGACAUGCUUCUAGACGAACCCCAAGACUAUGGUGAUCCCGAAAACAAUCCGCUACAAUUCUCUGGCAUUUUUGGUCCUUCUACCGAGUCAGCCGACGCUCUCUCGAUGCAAAUAGUCGCUCUGUCAAACAUACUCCAAGAAUCAACUGCCAAUACGCCUCAUCUCAGGGAUGGACUUGACCAAAGUUGUCAACGAGGGUUCUUCACGACCUCUCAUUUUCAGAAUGUCCUGGUCUUUAUCUUCCGUCGGAGACACUAUCAUCAGGACACGAUACACUGGUCAACAUUUGAUCCUGAAAAGGUUUCACUUCACCUGCUACUAGCUGUAGUGUUGACCGGAACUGUUUAUAUCCAAUGCCUCAAUCAAUCUUCUCCAUCAUACAUUAAUGCAUCACUUCUAGAAUUGGCAGAAAAGUAUAUCUACAAGGAGCUUAAAGAAUUGUCACGUCAAGGUGUCAGCCCAGUUACCUCACAACACAUGCUUGAAAUAUGCCAAGCCGCAGUGCUGAUGAACACUCUCGAAGGCAGUGAAAACCACAACGAAUCUCGUCGAAGAAUCGCGAGUAAAAGAAUUCCAACACUGGUCGGGGUGUUGAGAAAAGCGAACAUGAUGAGUCUCAAACACGAGCCCGGCAAAAGCUGGGGAGAUUUCGUUCACCGAGAGAAAUGUAUAAGAGUUGUUACGUGGACUUUUAUGAACGAUUCACUACUGGCGCUCUUCUGUAACCACCCACCCAUUAUAACAUCAAGGGAGAUGGCUGGAGAUCUGCCAUGUCCCACUAGUAUAUGGGAGGCAGAUUCAAGCAUGGCUUUUCAAGAGAGGUCACAGCAUGGAUUAGCAAGGUCUUAUCCUUCAAGCUGCAGCGAAGCAAUCGCAGGAUUUCUUGCUGAAGAAUGGACGCCUGCCAUUAGAGACUCUUUUGGAAAAUUAGACCAUUCAGAUCUCUUUUAUCUCUCGUCAGGUCUUGAGCACCAAAUAUUUCAUUAUCGUACGUCAGCAGUAUCACGCGGCCACUCCAAAAUGUUGCUCCGCGCACUGGAUAGAUGGGACUCUCUUUGGAUGGACGCUUACCAACGCAUCCCGAAGGAUGAGAGGAAGUGGCUUGGGACAAAGAAACAUACUGCCGAAGUCGUGGCUUUGUCCAGGCGGACCAUUGAGGUCAUCCAAUCUGGCGAAGCAAAGGAUUCGGCUUAUCUUCAGGAAAUUGGAUGUUAUGACACGGCUGUCUUUCAUGAAUUCGUUCAGAAGUAUGGACAGAUGAGCCCUGGCACGGAGAAGAAUUGA